AUGGGGUUCCUGCAUCAAUCGUCUGGUGUGAUGUGCAUCUCCAUUGGCAGUUUGAUAUGUGACCACUUCUUGUCAUCGUUGGAGAAGCUGUUCUGGCUGGGCGGCUACUACACCAGGAGUGAAGUCAAGGAGUCCAAUUUGGGCGCGACCAAGACGCACUUCUGGAAGCGGCUCAUUUACCUGCUCAAGGACUCCACGCCUGCAGCUGACCGCCCCAUGAACUGGAUGAAUUUCAGUGCGGAUGCACCUUGGAAGCAGAAGGGGUUCAUGGACAUGAGGGAAUGGUUCAACCAUUGUCGAGGCCGCGGGAAGACGCCAUGCUUGCUAUUUCGACCACGGGACGAAGGAGGGCUGGGCAUGCAUAUUUUCGCUGUGUUCGAGGACGGCCUGCACAACAUGGAGCUUGGCAGCGCGCAGAAGAUCCUUGGUAAUGUCAUGUGGUUGUUGGUGUAUGGUGGGAGAAUGGGUAUUCGCCCCCCGAAGGUUGCAUUGCGACAGUUGUGGUUGGAGAUUGCGCAAGGUUACAGAAAGCGUGGGACUAAGAACCAAUUCAAUGAGAUCGAGCUGGAUUCAUUCACCGACCCGAAGGCACCGAACAACACGUUCCCUGAACUGCACGGCAAGGCAGCCAAUGUUCGACACCUUGCGCCUGUGCUGGUUGAGAUCUUCGAGGGGUGCGCCACGGACUCCGACUACGAUGGCCACGUCAGAGAGCUGCUACGUCACCUGUGCUCGUAUUACCACGUCUUGGACCAUAAAGGGCCAGACGGCGCGCCGGUUCAGUACCUCCCAGAUUACUAUAUAAGAGAACUUCGCAUUGCAAUCGAUGGUUUGCAAAAGCAUUACAAUUGGCUCUCGGUUCAGAAUCCACAGCCCAAGAACGCCCGCCUGCGGGGUAUGCAGCCCAAGCUGCACCACGGGUGGCACGUUGGCUUUCAAGCUGUUUUCCAGAACCCUAGAGCUGCAUGGUGCUAUAGCAACGAAGAUUUGGUUGGCAGGAUUGCGACAAUAGUAAAGGCGGCAGCCUCGGGCAUUCCAGCAGCCCAGAGGAUGCCGCACAUCAUGCCCAGGUAUCUACAGGGCCAGAGCUUGCGAGUACAGUCUGGAUGGGGCAGGAAGCCCGCCAACAUUCGGGAUUGA